UUUUGGUCGAACAUGUUCUGACAUGUGCUCGGUAAGAAAAUGGUGUAGUCAGCAAGACUAAAAAGUCCCGUGACAAGACUCUUGACCACAUGCAAAUGGAAGAAACACGUCUAGGCUAAGCAGUCAGCGGGAACCUUCGACUACCUCCCGAUCAAAAACCCUAUGAAAGAUUAGUCACAGUCCUCUGAGAUAAUCAUCAUCAUAGUUGACAUGUGCAAGACUCGGCCGAUACUUCCCUCAAGCUUUCGCUUCCAAGCAAGACCGUUAGUUCUGCUACAUACACACCCAAUGUGUCGAUAACGCAAAUUUUCACUGCGACUCGAACAUUUCCGAACUCACUCAACGCUAGAUCCAGGGCUGAAAUGUAGCAGCAGCGAAACAUCACCAUGAGACAAUCCUUUCUUUCAUCCCGGGCGCUUGCUCAAGGCCUCAGAAGUGCACCCUGCAAUGCUUCUCCUAGCUUGUCGCGGGCUUUCACCACUUCGCCGCGAUACUCAUUGACGUCAACGCGGCCUCGAAAGCCAUCUCUUAUCGCAGCAGCUCGCCCGCAUUCACUUGCGCGAAACACCGUGCCUGGACUAAGAAAUAACGCUUGUGGUUGUGCGUGCGCUAAUGGUGGUGGUUGUGGGAGUAAUGGUCCGCGCAAGAGGACUGCGUAUAUUGCGUUGGGGAGCAACAUGGGAGAUCGUGUUGCCGAGAUUGAACGUGCAUGCAACGAGAUGGAUCGUCGCGGAAUCAAAGUCAAAAGGACUAGUAGCCUUUGGGAGACAGAACCUAUGUAUGUUACCGACCAGGACCGCUUCGUCAACGGCGCGUGUGAGGUUGAGACAGAACUGGAGCCAAUAGCUCUGCUGGAUCAACUUCAAGCCAUUGAGAACGAUAUGGGACGUAAAAAGGUCAUUGAUAAGGGCCCGCGUAACAUCGACCUGGACAUUCUUCUCUAUGGUGACGAGACAGUCGACCACGAACGUCUCAAAGUUCCCCAUAUCGGGAUACUGGAGCGAGAAUUCGUUCUAAGACCCCUAGCCGAACUUAUCCCAGCCAAAUCAUUGGAUCCGAGAAAACCGUGGAAGCUCAUCCAGGAUAAUCUGAAUGAGUUGCCUCUGGGCGAGCCACUCUCUUCCAUGACGCCGCUUUCUGCAAAGGCAGGUUCUUUGACGCCUCUAGCUAGUAAAAGGAAAACUCAUGUCAUGGGCAUUCUCAACUUGACUCCCGACUCGUUUUCAGACGGGGGCCGUCAUGACCGGGAUAACCUCGCACAGACCAUCGUGGAUAUGGUCAAGAACGGAACUUCUAUUAUCGAUGUUGGCGGCCAGUCUACUGCUCCUGGCCGGCCAGAGGUUUCGGCUGAGGAAGAAGCAGCUCGUGUUGUGCCCGCCAUUGAGCUCAUCCGCUCGAUCCCAGAAGCUCGUGAGGUGGCUAUCAGCAUCGACACAUAUCGUGCGUCCGUCGCGGAGCAAGCCAUCGCCAGCGGCGCUGAUAUUAUCAACGACGUAUCCGCCGGAAUGCUCGACCCAGACAUGCUCUCUACCGUUGCCCGCCUUCAAAAGACGAUUUGUCUGAUGCAUAUGCGCGGCACACCACAGACCAUGACAAAAUUAACCUCGUAUCCUGAAGGUCUGAUCCCUACCCUAGCAUCCGAACUUCUCUCCCGCGUUGCAGCGGCCGAGGAAGCGGGUAUCCGACGGUGGCGGAUGAUUCUGGAUCCGGGUAUCGGCUUCGCCAAGACGGGAGAGCAGAACAUUGAGAUAUUGCGAAGACUAGAGGAGCUGCGAUACUGGCCCGGGCUGGAAGGUCUUCCGUGGCUGGUGGGUUCGAGUCGCAAGGCCUUUGUCGGGAAGAUCACGGGGGUCACGGAGCCGGCGCAGCGGACAUGGGGAACGGCGGCGACAGUUGCAGCGGCGGUGCAGGGCGGUGCGGACGUAGUGAGGGUGCACGACACGGCUGAGAUGGGCAUGGUCGCAAAGAUGGCCGAUGCUAUCUGGAGAGCAUAGUGUUGGCUAGUGCGAGCAGAAUAUGAAGUUGGUUGCCAAGUUGCAUAAAUGCAUCCAGGAGGAGAGACAAAUAAAAAUGG